UCGCUCCACAAGCAACCGUCAUCAGGUGUGAAACAAACACAGCAGGAGAACUGCUGACGUAGGAGUUCUUCUGCUAUAUUUUAAGCUGAAGUUAAAAUAUGAUUUGCACGAUGUACGUUUGAGGGCGAUAGUUUUAUAGAUACCUCGUUAAAAUAACGGAGACAUUAAGGAUAAUACAAUUUAUAAUUCAACCGCCUAUACAUGUCUCCCACCAAUUUGAAUACGCUUAUAAAAUAUCUUCACGCACGCAGCCAUCACGUUCACAAUAUGCAACCACCCGUUGUGAAGAAAGGGGGCCGUACAAAAAUCAGUGAGGUAUCUCACAAACGGGUCACCCUAAAUUCUACCGUCGUUAACAGCAGCUAGGAAGAGGACACUAUGCUUAGCUUGUGUUUCAUGUGGUUGUGUGCAGUGACACAUUUCGCGUCAUUGUUCAGUGUGGACUGCGUUGUGUUUCCCAUCAUUCCCGAGCGUAAUAUGAAUGAGGGGCGAUCCAAAUUGGCAGCACUCGUCAUCAGCAAGCUCGGUGGUCUGAGAUGACUUUUGUUGCUCACAGAGAAGUGUGCCUUCCUCAGAGUUCCAGUGACAGUGAAUACGAUUCGCCCAUCGAAGAGGACAUGUACGAAGAACCCGAGUCAGAGGCAAAAAUUCCAUUCUCUUACAAGACGAAUAGUGCUGAAAAACCCUAUGUCGACGUUGUACGUUCUCCAUGGGAAAACAAUCAACAAAAACAACAACAUCCACAACAUGAGAUUUAUGAAACAGCUGAGGAAUCCUAUAUCGAUCCUAAUCAGAAUUCGCCCCCUCAGGUGAUAAGGAGCUUAAAGCCAAUGCAAGCGAAUUAUGAAAGGGGCCGUGGUAUUGUAACCCCAGAACCACCCAGGCCCCCUGUUUUAAAAAACCCAGAUUUCAGACCUCCAGUGUCCAUUUCAAGCCAUCCGGCAUCUAAUCCAGUCAAACCCAGGCUAGGUUUUGUGCCAACGUUGGCCAAUCAAGAUACCCCUGCGGCAAGAAAACUGUGCAAUCAAAAUCCAAACAAUACACAGGUGCCAAAAAAACCACCAAUCCCUGGAGGUGGCAGCAAACAAAUUAAUUCAGAAUUUCGCCCGCCUGUUCCAGAGAGUGACAGACCAAAGAUUGGACAACAUCCUGGACGUAAAAGUGACCAGGCACCAGCAAUCAAGAGAGCAGAAAACAAAGACUGUAAAGAAAUGCAGGGACCAACUCCAAACAAACUGGUCAUUCCCAACCAACUUCUUGGUCUAAUCGCUCUGGGAGGUGAUAAAGGCAAGUUAAAAGCAACCAACGGUCCAAGAAAAAUUUCGGAUGUAAGUGCACAACCGUCUUCAACUGCUAACUCAGCUGGAGCCAAAAUUGGACGACUCGCACUAACUGAUUCCUUGAAUAAUAUGAUGAAAUUAAGAAACAAAGAUGACAUGGACUCUCAGACCUGGUACACAAAUAGCUGCGAUCGACCUAAAGCUGCGAAGGCCUUGGAGAAAAUGGGAAAGAGCGGCGCUUUCCUGGUGCGGAAAAGUGCUCAGGCUUGCAAGGAUCAACCGUACACGCUUUCGCUACUCUACAAAGGCACGGUGUACAACCUGAGAAUUCGAUGGAUGGAGGGUGUUUCCAAGUACGCUCUGGGUAAUGAGAAGGAAGGGGAGGAGAUGUUUGACAGUGUUGUGGAAAUGAUUGAUAAUUAUCAAAAAAGGCCACUCAACCUGAUCUCUGGCCAACAGGGAGAGAUUAGCCAAUGCAAGCUGGAGUAUCCUGUGAAAAUUCCAUAGGGUAAUUGGUCUUAAGUGACUUGGCUAUUAAUUUUACAACGAGCCGGUUCAACUGUAAUGAGUAACAUUCGACAAACACAUGAUGUUAGAAAAAAAGUCUUGAAAUACAAUUAAUAAAUAUGGUACGGAGACGCAAAUACUGUUCUUAUAUUAAAGGUACAGUAUAUUAAACAUAGAAGCCAUUAGUAAUGAUAAAAAACAAUCUAGUUACGAGUCUUAUAUAGCAUCAUUGAUGCAAAUUGCAUCUCACAAUCGCUGAGGAACCACAAACAAGCUGGAAGACUAAGUGACGAGCCGUCAAUGGUCUGCAGUUCUCUAUGUAUUAAGAUGUUUCAGCCGAUUAGUGAGUGUUUAUAUAUAUACCAGUAGCAUGCUUGCUUUUGCCAAUAAUGUCACUCCUAGUGACAGCUGACACUUGACAUCCAUACUUAAAAAUGCUUUUAAGAGGGAUUUUACUUUAAGGUGAAAGUUAAUUAACAUAUCGGACAAUUUUAUACAAGGCAUUGGUAUAUCGCAGGAGAGCUGGUGGCCGCUUGGGGAGACCUUUAUUUCGCAGUGAACUGACGAAAGUUGAUAAUGAUAAUGUAAUUGGGAUAUAUGAAGAGUAAUUUUUUGACAAAAUGCAUAUGGUUAUUUUUACGCAUUUUUGGCCUUUCUAAAUGCAUGUUAUCGUCAUUGUUUAGUUUUAAAAAAUUCUUACUCAGAAAACACUUUAAUAGUCUAUUGCAUAAAAGUAGUUACUUAUAUGUUAUAUGUUUAUAUAUAAGCACCCAUGUUAAUCUGAAAAAUAAUAAAACAUUUUAUACCUUUA